CCCACUGUUUCCCCCGACAAUCUUGAUCAGCUAGCAGUGGUAAUUUCCAUGCUGGACACGGACUCCUCCAAACUGGUCAAACCCGGGUCUUCGAUCUGAGCUGCCCGCUCGACGAAGAUGGAGUACGAGAACAAGCUCGUCCUCGCUCCCAUGGUUCGCGUUGGAACGCUACCGUUCAGACUACUAGCCGCUCAGUAUGGUGCUGAUAUCACAUACGGGGAAGAGAUUAUUGACCAUAAAUUAGUCAAAUGCGAGCGAAGAGUGAAUGAAUGUGUUGGGUGUAUUGAUUUUGUCGAGAGGGGGACAGAGAAUGUUGUUUUCCGUACAUGCAACCAAGAAAGAAACCGGGUGGUAUUUCAGAUUGGCACUUCCGAUGCUGCGAGAGCUCUCACUGCUGCUCAAAUAGUCUGUAAAGAUGUAGCAGCAGUGGAUAUCAAUAUGGGUUGCCCUAAGUCAUUUUCCAUUAGUGGGGGCAUGGGUGCUGCACUAUUGACUAAACCAGAGCUAAUUCAUGAUAUUCUGACGACAUUAAGGAGGAACUUGGAGAUACCAGUUACAUGUAAGAUUAGACUUUUAAGAUCACCUCAGGAUACCGUAGAACUAGCAAGGCGAAUUGAGAAAACUGGUGUUUCUGCUCUUGCUGUCCAUGGCAGAAGAGUUGCUGAUAGGCCCAGGGAUCCAGCUAAGUGGGAUGAAAUUGCUGAUGUUGUAGCAGCCUUAUCCAUUCCAGUUAUAGCAAAUGGUGAUGUUUUCAAGUAUGAUGAUUUUCAAUGCAUAAAAGAUGCUACAGGUGCUUCAUCGGUGAUGGUUGCUAGAGGAGCUCUUUGGAAUGCUUCAAUUUUCUCUCCCCUAGGCAAAGUACCAUGGGAAGAUGUGAAAAGAGAAUAUAUUAGGAAGAGCAUCUUUUGGGAUAAUGACGUUAAAAGCACAAAGCACACGUUGAAGGAAAUGAUUAUGCAUUAUUCUUCGCUUGAACUCCCAGAGGGAAAAGCUGUGAUCAAAUCAGAAUCCUUGGCAGAUUUAGCGAAACUUUAUGGGGUGGCGAGCUACUAUCAGUUUGUCAAUGAAAAUAGAUUCUUGGUCAAUGGGAUUAGAUGAAUUUUUGUGGUUUUUUUCAGGAGUUUUGUCUGUCAACAAAAUGAAGACAAGUACUACCUCGAACCCAUUUCAUUUAUGCUAGAAGUCCAUCAUUUCUUGGACUGAAGCAGGAAAACAAUGCUCUGCUUCAAUUAACCAAAGCUGAUGGGGGUCUAAUACCAGGGUCCCGCAGCCAAACAUGGGUUGUUGCCUGUGGGGGGCAUCUACUUCUAUAUUCUUCAAAAGUUGGUGGGCAUCUACAACGAAGAUUUUGCUUAAAUUUUUAUCCUUGAUAUUCAAGGAUGUUGGGGACGUUAGGGUUAUACCAUAUUGAAGCAAUUAAGGGCUUUGUAGCUUGAGAUAAAGAUCUAAUAUCAGUGUAUCACGUUUAUGGAAAGUAAAAUAUAUGUUUAUAUA